GGAACAACAAGGCUGGUAGAAAAAGCUGGACAGAGUAUCCACAAGUUGACGGCACUGACUUUAUAAGAACCACGUCUCUGUGAUAAGAAGUGGUGUUCAAGUUUCACGUGACAUCUGCUGGUGGAAUCCCUCAAUAUCUGGAGGAACAAAACUACAAGUGACCAGACACCAUGGCUCAUUACGACUCGCUGGAUGACAAGGGCUCUGUGGAUAUUCAUGACAACCCACCUCUCCCUGAUAACGUGGUGAAAGAGGAGGACAACACGGUCUACUUCAUCUACGAUGAGGAGGUGGAAGAGGAAGAGAAAGAGGAGCCUCCUCCUCCAGAACCAGUUAAACCAGUGAACGACAGACCUCACAAAUUCAAAGACCACUACUGCAAAAAACCCAAGUUUUGUGACGUCUGCGCGCGCAUGAUCGUUUUGAACAAUAAGUUUGCAUUGCGAUGUAAAAACUGCAAAACCAGCAUCCACCACCAGUGUCAGUCCUACGUGGAGUUCCAGAGGUGUUUUGGCAAAAUUCCUCCAGGAUUCAGGAGAGCGUACAGUUCUCCUCUGUACAGCAGCCAACAGAACGCCACGGUCUCACAGCUGCUGCCCUUCUCACAGUCGAACCGCACCGACCCUGUGUUUGAGACGCUGCGGAUCGGUGUGAUCAUGGCCAACAAGGAGCGGAAGAAAGGCUCCGAGGACAAGAAGAACAUGAUGAUGAUGAUGAUGGAGGAAGACGAGUCCCAGCCCAAGCAGGAGGAUGAGGGAGGUGACGGAGCAAACGUGGAAGGAGACAAAAGAGGAGACAAAGCUGCUGCAGAUGACAAAAGUAAAAAACCUCAGCCGGGGAAGAUCGGUGUGUUCAGUCAGUCUCACUAUUAUCUGGCUCUGUAUCGCUUCAAGGCCGUAGAGAAGGAUGACCUGGAUGUGCAUGCUGGGGACCGUAUCACUGUGAUAGAUGACUCCAACGAGGAGUGGUGGAGGGGGAAGAUCGGAGAGAGAACCGGCUUCAUACCUGCCAACUACAUCAUCCGAGUGCGAGGAGGAGAGAGGGUCUACAAGGUGACGCGCUCCUUUGUCGGCAACAGAGAGAUGGGUCAGAUCACUCUGAAGAAAGACCAGAUUGUUGUGAAGAAGGGCGAGGAGGUGAACGGCUACUUGAAGGUCAGCACGGGACGAAAGCUCGGCUUCUUCCCCGCUAACCUGCUGCAGGAGAUCUGAGGAGGAGCAGCAGGCGUCGUGUCAAACCUCCUGCCAGCUCUCGUCUCUGCUUCAUCACCUGCUGCAGCCAAUAAGUUGUUCCUGAUCUGAAGCAUCAAUACAGUGACACUUCAUGUUCAGACAACACACUUUCCUUUCUUCAUAUUCAGCACAAAUCUUAAAUGCAGGAUAUGCUGUGACAAUCCAAAACCUCCUUCACAUGCCGUCAGAUAAUAAUAAUUUAUCUCUCAUACUAUUUAGCUGCUUUCAGACAGUCCGCACAUUUAAAGGCUUCGUGGACGAGAGGUGAAACUUCUUCAAGAAACACAAAGAAGUCCAGUUACAUACGUACACAGCUUCUGAAGAUCUGGACUCUUGAACAUUUUCCAAAUGAAUUGCUCAGGACAUUCUCUGGAACUUUUCUUCAUGGCCCCACAUAUGUGUGUGUGUGUGUGUGUGUGUGUGUGCAGACUGUUGUCACAUUACUGGUGUGAAUUUAUCCAUUUGCUCACAUGUCUGGGAGCAGAUGAGCAAAUGUUGGAUGAAGAUGAAGGGCAGGAAUUUCCAGAGCUUGAAAAGGAAGCAGAGAUAUUUUCUGUAUCUGACCCGGCUGCAGUGUCAUCAGUCAAAGGAAACACAGUGGGGACGGUUCGCUAUGUAAAGGGAGACGGAGGAAUGCAGGGAAUGGCAUCUGUAUGUCUGUGGAGAUGUCCCAGUGUUAAAUACAGGCCUGAAUCACAUGGAACCAGACAAACAAAAUGUUUCACUUCUUUUACCUUUAACUUCCUUUACUUCUAAAUAAUUCUUCCUGUCUUUGUUCUACCGUUUCAUCUUCUCCAUCUGUUUUUCUGGAUGAAAUUGAUUGAUUCAGUCACUA